AUGCAUGAUGAAAGGCAGCUCAUAGCGCGUCAUGGAUACAGCAGAGCUUGGCUGGUACAGAGCGACGCCAGCUUCAGCGCUGAGCAGAAGCCAGUGAAGUACAUGCUUGUACAGCGUCCUGACCUGCCUCCAUGUACUAUUGACCUCAGCAGUACUAAACUACACGGCAAAGUUUACUCUGACGGGGAGUUUGGGUGCCUGAAGUUCUCCCCAGAUGGGUCGCAUCUCGCCUUCGUCGCCGAGCAAUACCGACCGAAACCGAAAAGUUUUCUCGAUACUUCCGACGAUGCAGAAGGGCGCGGUGACCAGUUCCUCUCUCUCCCUGACUGGGGCGAGCAGCUCACAGGCAAGCACAAGAGCGUGGUGGUGGUGGUGCCCGUGGAUGGUGACGGGACUAAGGACAGUGAUCGUGUGAUGAUGACACCACCUGAAUGGUGUGCGGGCAUAGGCCAGCUGCAGUGGACGGGGCCCCAGGAGCUGGUGGCCGUGGCCUACGUGGACGCAAGUCCCCGACUUGGUCUGAUUUAUUGUCCCAUCAGGGAGGCUGUUUUGCUCCACGUGUCGCUCACUGAAAAAAAAUUCACGGAGUUGACCCCUCGAGGGGAGUGGGUCGGGUCCCCUCGCCUGGACCCCACAGGAGAGGCCCUCGUGUACCUCAGAGGCCCCGUGGGAGGCCCGCACGUCAGGGAGGCCCAACUUGUCUCGAGACCUUGGGGGCCUCAGCCUCUACUGGAUAUAGUACCUCCUGCAGUGGUUAUUGACUACCACCAAGAGGAGCAGGUGCUGCAGGACGGGAGUUUGUUCGCCGGGUUGACGGGCGCGUCUGUCGUCCCCGAGCGCUGCUUCCUUGCGCCACAUCAGCUCGUGUUCUCCACCACCGCGCGCUUUGCGACGCAAACUUACGUUGUAGACAUCAAGAGUAAGCUCGUGGAGGCGUUGAAGGCUCCCUUGACGGGCAGCGUGACGGCGCUGGACGUCGCGGAUGGACGGGUUCUCUUGGGCCACUCUACCCUCACCGUCUCUGCCUCCCUGCACCUGCUACCGAAAAUGUAUCCUUGUAUAUGUAUUCCGCUUGUCGAUGGCUGCCGCCUGGCUGAGGUGGCUGAGGACUGGCUGGACACAUGGCUGUUGGCUGACCCACCCAGCCAUCCUGACCCAGCGUACAACUCUGUCCCGGUCCCAGUCUUGUAUUGUGGGCCCACUCAGCCCACUGCCGGAGCCAAGCGGCCGCUGGUGAGUCUGCUGCACGGUGGGCCGCACUCAGCCUACACCAACAGCUUCUAUAUGUUGGUGGGGGCGCUGGUGGGCGCUGGGUACUCGGUGGUGAUGCCCAACUACCGCGGCUCGUUGGGUGUCGGAGCUGCGGGCAUCCAUAGUCUGCCUGGCUAUGUGGGUAGCCUGGAUACUGGCGACUGCCAUGCUGCUGUGCUCGAGUGUCUUAAGAGAUACAACUCAGUGCUGGACGAGCGCAACGUGUUUCUCUGUGGCGGGUCGCAUGGCGGCUUCCUGGUGACGUCUCUUGCUGGCCAGUAUCCCGAUUUUUAUUGCGCCGUGAGCACACGAAAUCCGGUUACGGACGUGGCAACCAUGGCCAGCAUUACGGAUAUCCCUGACUGUUUGCUCAGAGUGCACGUGUAUCCUGACUGCCAUCCUCUGAGAAAAGUGGAUGUUGAAGUCGACACUCUGAUCCACACCAUCAAUUGGUUUGAACAACACAAACGAUGAGAGAAGCAUGUGUUGUUUGCAUAUUGGCAGGUAGGACGGUUAUCGUCAUCGACGCGUUACUGGAAUUCAUUAGAAAAAUAUGCGGUGCGCCUGCUCGCUACCGUAUAUCUAAAACAUUAAGCUAAUAUGCUGGCAAGAAAAUUGAGACUUUACACCAAAAUUCAUUGGAAAUUCUCCUGUGAUUUAAUUAUCUUUGCUACAAGUGAUGCAUCUUAGUUAUAGUUAUUGGAUAUUAAAUUAUGGAUAUUUAAUUCAUUGGAAUUUCCCUUGUGGUGCAGGUGUAGAAAACGCCCUGAAAAACGGUGACCAAUCGUUGCUGAACCUUGUUUCCGAGUUCCCCUCUCUUUUGAUAUUUCCAAUGGCUAUAAUUCCAAGGGAGUUCGCGGGAUUGUUUUUCUGGACUUUUGCCGUUUCAAAGUGAGGCGCUACCAGGGCUACUGACAAACUUUCCGGAUGAGGGAAAUCUUUGAAUUUCUCUAAUUCAAUAGUUUCCGUGGUGAAAAGUUCCAUGUCUGUUUGUCGGCUACCAGUAAAGUGAGCUUCAGUGUCCAAUUGUAUGUUGGUGUCUUGUUCUGAUUCGAUCGAAACCGAAUUAGAUGAAGCGCUGCCACCGAUCGAAGAUCCAUUAGUUGCUUCCGCUGCUGCCUCAUCAUCUUCACUAAUUUGAACCUUUUCGUUUGGUGCUAUCAAUUCUUGUAGCCUCUCGAACGGAGUGCCAGUCAAAAGAUCAUGAUCUCUCUCAUUUUUCUGUUGGCUAUUUUCGUCAAAUUUGUAAGCUAUGACAGAACCAGCCAAACCUGGCCACGAGGCGGGUCUCUGUGUUGUCUUUUUAAAACCCUGAAUAGGAUUUUCGGCUAGGUUCUCUAUAAAUUUUUCGUCCUUUGUGUUCAGUUCGAGGAUUUCGCUUUGAGUUUCUUCAUGAUUUGCACUCUCAUGAUUUGAGAUGUUCACAACAUCCUCUGGAACCAGUUCGGAAUCAUUUCGUGAUAAAUUUAAUGAACGUUUAAAUUGUUCCCGGAACAGUUUGCCAAUGGUAACAGGUUCUGAUAAUUGGAUUUCUUUGCGAGAAUCAUUAGGUGACCCAUCAUGUUUGAAAGUUGUUAGAGAGACCGCUGUGCCUGCAUGAUUUUCAGCUCGCGCCCUUGCGACAGAUUGUCUGAUUGUUAGACGAUUCCUUUGCUGUAACUGCCCCUGUAAUUCUGGUUGUGGCUGUCGAGAGUUUAGAUUUCUUUUAAGUGAUGACUCCUCUUUCUCAGAUCCCUGCUGUGAAACUUCACUUUUUGUGUGAGGUAAUUUGUCCGUAGUGAAAGCGAAAAUUUCUUCAUCUACUUCCUCGUUCUUAAUAACUUGCCAAGAGUUGAUGACUUUGUCCAACAAAUUUCGAUCUGCUUGUAGUUCUGAAGGAGUUGUAUUUCUCGGGUCUUUGUCGGAAAUACUUUGCGUAGUACGAUUCUUUCGCUGUGCAUGUCUUCGUAAUUCACGUGCCAAUACAGACGGGGAUAAAGUUGAAGCUUCUGGCUCUGGAGUUACGUUUGCAAGAAUAUCAACUGUUCCGACGAUGUUGUCUGACAGUGAUGUGCUUUUUGGUACCAUUAACUUAUCCCUUUUACUAAUUUCGGGUGCCAAUUCUGCGAAACUUUUUUGAUUAUCCUCAUCAAAAGGCAAUGCAACUUUAUUGGCACGUCGCUGUUUUUGACUGCGUACUUCAACUUUUGAAUUGCGAACGUUUGUUUUCGGAAGCUUAGUAGUUGCCGUUCUUGAUUUUUGGACAUUUUCGUCCAGCACUGUUACACCAUUGAUAUUUCUCAUAGCCUUGGGUUUCUUUUCAUCAAUAACGAUGUUUCCGCCGUCGAUAUUCCGGAAAGUUAUUUUAGGUCGGAAGCCCGUGGUCUUAUUGACGGAAUACAGGACGGUCAUAAUACGGUUGUCGGGCAGCAGUACGUUAUAUUGCCCGUCUACCGUCUCCCCCGAGCGUCGCUCCUCCUGUCUGUAGCGCGCUCCCUCGCCCACCUCGAACGCGAAGUUGUACGCCUCGGAAUCCUGCCAGGACGAAAUGAGGGCAAAGUUAAGACAUAGCAAUAUUUUCUAUAACGAUCCGUAUUCAAUUUAACGUCCCAUAACAAUAUAUUUUAACAAUUUAAUAAUAGCUUUAAUAAUAACAAUUUAGGAAUAAUCUUGUGAAGAAAGAAAUUUGAGCUAUGGCUAUGGUGCAUAGAGAGUAGUGAUUGGUUACGGUCGAGAAAAGCUCAAUCUUGUAGCUAAAUAGCGUGAAAUGAUUUAUCUAAAACAUCUAAAACAUGUGAAAUUGUGAUAAUUUGAGACUGCGAAAUGAGAGUAAGUUUCUGUCUUUUAUCAUUAAGAAUGAAAAAUCGUGCGUAUAUGUGUUACCGGCAGGAAAAUUUAAAAAACAUUUCAUCUGUAUGGAAUUUAUUUCUCACAUGCCAAAACAUACUGAAUCUCAAAUUUGCUUGUUGUUCUUAUAUGACUAUAAAGUUUUCACGCUUAACAUAUGGUUUCGACUUGAAAUGGAAAUAAAAGUAUUACAUUUUUAGUAUUAAUUUGUAUUAAUUAAUUAAUUUUCGUCUCUUGUUACUCUAGAAGGUAUUUUUUGUAUGUUGAACAUUAUUCUGAAUAAAUGAAGCCAUUCAAAGCUCACCGUUUCUGGA